UUCCUAGUCUCUGCCAGUCACACUUUCUCUUGGUCACAACAAGAAGCAAGAACCCUAAUUUCGUUAGUGUUAAAGAAUCAUUUACUCACUGAUAUUAUAAAUUUCCUUCGCGAUGGUGACUUUCUCAUUGCUCGUGUCGGACCAGAUUCGGUUCCUUCUUGAAAGCCUCAACGACUCCAAUUUCGACGUCGUUUUGAACGAACUCUUGCAUUUUGUUGAAUAUGGAACUGAGGGAAGCAUUUUGCUGCUACGGACUUGCCUGGAUCAUGUGAAUUUUGACAGAGAAGACAUCCAGAAACUGCAGCUGAGGCCAGAUAUUUUAGCUGCAAUAUUUAGAUAUCUAUUAGAUCAACCAAAUUUUGGUACUGUGUUUGCUGAAUCAUUGGGAAGCAUGGUGAUCAGCGAAAAGUUCCUUGGAGGCUUAUGUGAUGCAUUACACUUAUCAGUCUUUGAGAAAAUUGCCCUUGGUCUUGCUUUAGCAGAUAUAAACAACGCUGAGAUGAGAACAAUCAGGCAAAACUUUAGCAUGGGUCAGAUAGAAGAGUUAUGUGGAAAUCCUGCUUCUAUUGGUUCUGCUGAGAAAAUUCAGAAUAUUAUUAUUUUCUUGUACAGAUCAGAGGGCCUUGCCAAGCAUGUUGACUCCUUUAUGCAAAUGUUGUCUCUGAUGGAUCCAAAAGAGAGGACGCCAUUGAUAUUGGCUCCAUUGCUUUCAAGUAAUUUACAGGAGGCUAGGUCUCUAGGAAAUUUGGACACAUUUUAUGGUUGCAGCGAAAGUGAAUUUGAUGCCAUUUUAGCAGAGAUGGAGAGUGAAACUAGCAUGGCUGACAUUAUGAGAGAACUAGGUUAUGGAUGCACAUUUAAUUCUUCGCAUUGCAAGGAGGUGUUGUCACUUUUUUCACCUCUGACAGAAGUCACUCUCUCUAGAAUACUUAGCACAAUUGCCCGCACUUUUGUUGGGCUUGAGGAAAAUCAAAAUUCCUAUUCGACAUUUUGCUCUGCUAUUGGCAGCACUGCCUCAUCUGAUUUAAAUGGCUUCAGCUCUUGGAAUGUUGACGUUCUCGUUAACUCGAUUAAGGAACUUGCUCCAAGAACUAAUUGGGUACAUGUUAUGGAACAUUUGGAUCAUGAGGGUUUUUUCAUCCCCAAUAACAGCGCUUUUUCUUUUUUCAUGUCCACUUAUGCUCAUGCAUGUCAGGAUCCUUUUCCUCUGCAUGCUGUUUGUGGGUCUGUUUGGAAGAAUGCUGAUGGCCAGUUAUCUUUUCUCAGAUAUGCUGUAUCAGCCCCACCCGAAAUAUUCACCUUUGAUCAUUCUGUCAAGAAACUAGCAUAUAAUGAGGUACUUUAUGGUUAUGAGCAUCCAGAUGGACCCGGAAAUCAUGCAUGGUUAUCUCUUGAUCUUUUGGAGGUGUUAUGCCAAUUAGCUGAGAGGGGCCAUAUGGGUUCAGUACGAGCAAUGCUAGAGUAUCCUCUCAAACACACCCCUGGAAUCUUACUUCUUGGAAUUGCACAAAUUAAUACUGCUUAUAGCCUCCUUCAGUGCGAGGUGGUUUCCACUGUUUUUCCCUUGAUAGUUGCAAGUUCCAUGAAAAGUGUGAUUCUUCACCUUUGGCAUUCUAACCCCAAGCUAGUGACCUGUGGAUUCAUAGACAUGAUUAGAAUUGAUCAAGGAAACAUGCUCAAAAUUGUAGACAUCUGCCAAGAGCUGAAGAUUUUACAACUCCUCUUGGAGCAAAGUCCGUUUUCAUUUGGUAUUCGACUGGCUGUCCUUGCUUCUCAGAAAGAAUAUAUAAAUCUUGAGACAUGGUUGAAUGAUAACUUGACAGUCUACAAAGAUAUUUUCUUAGCAGAAUGCCUUAAGUUUUUGAAGGAGAUGACUUUUGAUGCAGCAGAUGAUGUAUCUGCCAAUUUGUUUGAACAUUCUGGUGCUGUUGUGAACUUACAAACAGAGACAAAUUUAACUAUUUUAAAGGUCCUUCAAGAUAAUUCUAAGCAAUUUGCCUCUGACCACCUCGCUGAGGAAUUGAAAAGAAUGCAAGAGACAUCUUUGCAUGUUGGUCCUCGACUGCAAAAUGUUGGGGCUUCAGAUGCAUCAGCAUCUGAGGGAUAUGCUGAUGAUAUAGAGGAUGAAGUGAAUUCUUAUUUUCAGAAAAUAUUUUCUGGUCAAGUACCUGUUGAUACGAUAGUUCAGAUGCUCGCACGCUUCAAGGAGUCUUAUGAGCAAAGGGAACAGUUAAUCUUUCGGUGCAUGAUACAUAAUUUGUUUGAAGAGUACAGUUUCUUCCUACAAUAUCCAGAAAAGCAGCUAAAGAUUGCAGCUGUUCUGUUUGGUUCUCUUAUAAAGCAUCGUCUUGUAACCCAUCUUGAACUUGGUAUUGCUCUCCGUGGUGUGUUGGAUGCAUUGCGUAAACCUAUAGACUCAAAAAUAUUCUCUUUUGGUACCAAGGCUUUGGAGCAGUUUUUGGAUUGCUUAGUUGAGUUGCCACAAUACUGCAAUCAUAUUUUGCAAAUAUCUCAUUUGCGGGGUACUCAUCCUGAGCUUGUUGCACUUGUUGAACGUGCUCUCGCUAGGGCUUCAUCCGGCUACUCAGAAUUAAAUAGAGCCAAUGGUGGUCCUACUGAUCCUCACAAUGGUUCUCCAGCUACGUUGGAAAAUGUGGAGGUACCUGAUUCUUCGCAGUUAUUGGGAUCUAGGAACACACAGCCUGGGCAGCAAAUCUCUUCUCCAAUCCAGAUGCAACAGGGAUAUCAAUUAUUUCUUCGUGACAGGCACAAAGAAUCUACCACUUCAAAUAGUUAUGCAAAACCACUUUUGUCUCUCUCUACGCACCCUUCGGUCAUUUCAAGUGAUACAGCUAGUUAUCAAAAUUCCUCACAAAUUUUGUCAUCACAAAAUACAGCAAGUGUCCAAGCAGCCCUGUCUUCAUCUUCUAGUUUUCUUCAUUCUUCUAGGGGAAUUACCUCAACUAGGUUUGGUUCUGCUCUGAAUAUUGAAACACUCAUUGUGGCAGCUGAGAGAAGGGAUACUGCCAUCAAGGCUCCUGCAUCAGAGGUUCAGGAUAAGAUACUAUUUAUGAUCAAUAAUAUUUCAACUUUAAACAUUGAUGCGAAAGCAAAGGAUUUUACUGAGAUUUUAAGUGAACAGUAUUAUUCUUGGUUUGCUCAGUAUAUGGUGAUGAAAAGAGCAAGCAUUGAACCCAAUUUCCAUGACUUGUACUUGAAGUUUCUGGACAAAGUUAAUUCAAAAGCAUUGAAUAAAGAGAUUGUUAAAGCUGCAUAUGAAAAUUGCAAGGUUCUUUUAAGAUCGGAGCUUAUAAAAUCGAGUUCAGAAGAGCGCUCCUUGUUGAAAAAUCUGGGUAGCUGGCUUGGGAAGUUUACUAUUGGCAGAAAUCAAGUACUUAGGGCUUCAGAAAUAGAUCCCAAAUCUUUAAUCAUAGAAGCAUAUCAGAAGGGACUGAUGAUUGCUGUGAUUCCUUUUACCUCAAAGAUUUUGGAACCAUGCCAAAGUAGUCUUGCUUACCAGCCUCCCAAUCCGUGGACCAUGGCAAUUCUUGGUUUACUCACAGAGAUUUAUUUGAUGCCAAAUCUAAAAAUGAAUCUUAAGUUUGAUAUUGAGGUCCUCUUUAAGAACCUUGGGGUUGAUAUGAAGGAAGUUAAACCAACAUCUCUUCUAAAAGAUUGUGUUAGGGCAGUAGAAGGGAACCCUGAUUUUUCCAAUAAAGAUAUUGGGGCAUCUCAGCCACAAGUGGUUACAGAAGUCAACUCUGGAAUCAUCCCUACAUUGAAUCUGGUUGAUCUAAAUCCUGAAAUUGUCAAUUCAUCUCAUCCUGGUGGCCGUCUAAAAGUUAUACCCCAGUAUGUUGGUGGCCUUCAUCUUGCUUCUGGUCCAUUAGUGGAGGAUGAAAAGAUUGCUGGUCUAGGUCUACCUGAUCGCCUUCCUUCCGCUCAAGUAGCUCCAUCGCAGCAACCAUAUUCUGUUGGUCAGCUACCUUCACCAAUUCAUAAUAUUGGAAAUCACAUUAUUUUAAACCAAAAGCUCAGUGCUUUGGGCUUGCACUACUUUCAGAGAGUUGUUCCUUCUGCAAUGGAGCUUGCUAUCAAAGAGGUAAUGCUUCCCAUUGUCCAACGCAGUGUUGCCAUCGCUACUCAGACAACCAAAGAACUUGUACUGAAGGACUAUGCUAUGGAAUCUGAUGAGACCCGCAUAUAUAAUGCUGCGCACUUGAUGGUUGCUAGUCUUGCUGGGAGUUUGGCUCAUGUGACAUGCAAGGAACCCCUUCGUAUUUCAAUAUCAAAUCAACUUAGGAGUUCAUUUCAGGGUUCAAAUAUCUCCAAUGAACUCCUCGAGCAAGCUGUGCCUCUUGUUAUGAAUGAUAACCUUGAUCUGGGUUGUGCUGUGAUUGAACAGGCUGCAACUGAGAAGGCAUUGCAAACCAUUGAUGCUGACAUUACUGCGCAACUUUCUUUGAGAAGGAAGCAUAGAGAGGGCAUUGGCCCUUCAUUUUAUAAUGCAAGUGUUUAUACACAGCGUCACCUGGGUGUCAUACCUGAGGCCCUGCGCCCCCGACCAGGUCACUUGUCUCAUUCCCAACAGCGAGUAUAUGAGGAUUUUGUUCGGUUUCCCUGGCAAAAUCAAUCUGGCCAGAGCUCAAAUACUGUACUUUCUGGUCCACAUACACCUUCUGGUGUAUCUGUCAGUUCUGGAUUGUCUCGCACAUAUGUUUCAUCUGCAGGACAGCUUAACCCUGGCUUUUAUUCAGCUGGGCUUGGAACUAUUGGAUUGAGUGCUGUAACUCAGCCCUCAGAUGUUGAGGAAAUGGAGCCUAGUUCUGCUCAGUUUCUUAGUGGUUCUUCAACUCGCAUUGGAGCAAUUGAUGGUGUUAUUCCUCAUGGCUCUAAGAUCAAUUCUGUUGCUUCAUUUUCUCAACUUCCGCUGCACCUGAAGUGUUCAGUGGGGACCUUUAAUGCUGCAAAAGUCAGAAACUGUCAUAUAAAUAUUUUAUCAUUUCAUCUGAUCUCUGCUCUUGGUUUUCUAAAAGGAAUUGGGAACUUUUCCCGUCAUACCUAUGAUUCUACCUCAGGGCACUUGGGAAGUGGAACUUUAGAGUCGUCAUCAUCUGUGGCAGAUGUUCUGGAAAAAUAUCAAAUUGUUGCACAGAAGUUGGAAACUUUGGUGACGAAGGAUUCUGGGGAGACAGAAAUUCGGGGAGUUAUUGCUCAGAUUCCUGAAUUGAUACUGAAAUAUGUAAAUCGGGAUGAAGUUGCCCUGGCUGUAGCCCAAAAGGUUUUUAAUAGUUUAUACGAAAAUGUUUCAAAUUCUAUACAUGUUGCUGCUCAUCUUUCGAUUUUGGUGGCUAUUCGUGAUGUUUGCAAGAAUGUCAUGAAGCAUCUUACAAGUUGGGUGAUUUAUUCGAAGGAGGAAAGGAAGUUUAAUACAAAUGUAACUGUUGGCCUUAUACGGAAGGAUUUGCUAGAUCUUGACGAAUAUGACAAGCACAUGGGAAAGCUAAUUGAUGCUGGAAGGAAUAAGGCUGCUACGGAGUUUGCAAUAAAUCUCCUUCAAACCUUGUUGGUUCAAGAAUCAAGAGUCCAUCUGUCAGAACUUCCUGGUCUCGUGGAUGCCUUGGCAAAGCUUGCACUGAGAGCAGGAUCUCCAGAAUCAUUACAACAGUUGGUUGAAAUUGCAAAGAAUCCUGCUGCAAAUGAAGAAAUUCUUUCUGGUGUUACUGUUGGCAAGGAGGAUCGGACCAAGCAAACUAGUGAAAUAAUGGUAUCUGAUAGUUCCAUGACAAGCAGGGAAGGGUACAUCAAUGCUGAAUCUGUUGGAUUAGAUCCUGCAGGUUUUCAUGAUCAGGUGAUUUAUUCGAAGGAGGAAAGGAAGUUUAAUACAAAUGUAACUGUUGGCCUUAUACGGAAGGAUUUGCUAGAUCUUGACGAAUAUGACAAGCACAUGGGAAAGCUAAUUGAUGCUGGAAGGAAUAAGGCUGCUACGGAGUUUGCAAUAAAUCUCCUUCAAACCUUGUUGGUUCAAGAAUCAAGAGUCCAUCUGUCAGAACUUCCUGGUCUCGUGGAUGCCUUGGCAAAGCUUGCACUGAGAGCAGGAUCUCCAGAAUCAUUACAACAGUUGGUUGAAAUUGCAAAGAAUCCUGCUGCAAAUGAAGAAAUUCUUUCUGGUGUUACUGUUGGCAAGGAGGAUCGGACCAAGCAAACUAGUGAAAUAAUGGUAUCUGAUAGUUCCAUGACAAGCAGGGAAGGGUACAUCAAUGCUGAAUCUGUUGGAUUAGAUCCUGCAGGUUUUCAUGAUCAGGUUUCUGCUGUAUUUAAGGAAUGGUCUCAGAUAUAUGGACUUCAUGGCGCAAAUGAUGACGUGUGCAUGCAAUUUAUUGCACAAUUGCAUCAAAAUGGAUAUCUAGAUGGGGAUGGGAUGUCUGAUCGUUUUUUCCGUAUUCUCACUGAAUUCUCUGUCGAAGACUGCCUUCCCUCUGAGCAAAAUAGUUCAAGUACUUGGUUAAUUCAGUCAGCUCAAGCUACCCAAAAUUUAUCAUUUGUUCCGAUCGAUGCUUAUGCAAAGCUUGUUUCUUUCAUUCUGAGGUAUUGCAUUAUGGAGCAUGGACCAAGUAAACUCUUGCUAUGGCCAAAGAUUCUAUCGGUAACUGUCAGAAUUGUACAGAGAGAUGCAGAGGUGAAGAAGGGAUCUUUCAAUCCAAGGCCAUACUUCAGGUUGCUUAUCAACUGGCUUUUCGAUCUUGUUUCCCAGGAUCCUGCCUCAGACAUUGCUAACUUUCAGGUUUUGAUCAUUUUUGCAAAUGCUUUCCAUGCGUUGCAGCCCCUUAAAGUUCCUGCAUUCAGCUUUGCAUGGCUUGAGCUGGUGAGUCACUGCAGUUUUAUGCCAAAAUUGCUAACUAUCAAUGUGCCAAAAGGUUGGAUCUAUGUUCAAUGUUUGCUGGUAGACUUGUUCAGAUUCAUGGAGCCUUACUUGAGGAAUGCUGAACUUGGAGAACCGAUUCACAGUCUGUACAAGGGAACUCUGAGGGUGUUACUUGUGCUGUUGCAUGAUUUUCCAGAGUUUCUGGGUGAUAAUCACUUCAGCUUCUGUGAUGUGAUCCCUUCAAGCUGUAUUCAGAUGCGAAAUGUUAUCCUUAGUGCAUUUCCACGCAAUAUGAGGCUGCCGGAUCCUUCUACUCCCAACUUAAAGAUUGACCUGCUACCAGAAAUGCAUAGAUCACCGCACAUAUUUUCAGAGGUUGAUGCUGCUCUAAAAGCUAAGCAAAUGAAGUCUGAUGUGGACGAGUAUCUGAAGACAAGACAUCAGGGAUCGCCAUUCUUAUCAGAAUUGAAGCAAGGAUUACUGCUAUCACAAAAUGAGGCAGCUCAAGCUGGUACCCGGUACAAUGUACCCUUGAUAAACUCACUUGUUCUGUAUGUGGGAAUGCAGACUAUCGAGCAACUGCAGACAAAGACCCCGCCUCCCCUUUCCCAGCCAAUUACUCACAAUGGUCCAAUGGAGUUAUACCUGAUGGGUCCUGCCUUAGAUAUUUUUCAAACUUUGAUUGUGGACCUGGAUACAGAAGGGCGCUACCUUUUCCUCAAUGCAAUUGCAAAUCAGCUGCGCUACCCUAACAACCACACACAUCUCUUUUCCUUUGUUCUUCUCUACUUGUUUAAUGAAGCAAGUCAGGAAAUCAUCCAGGAGCAGAUAACGCGAGUGUUGUUUGAACGCCUUAUUGUUAACAGACCUCACCCUUGGGGUCUUCUGACAACCUUUAUCGAACUCAUCAAGAAUCCUAGAUACAACUUUUGGAACCGUGGCUUCACAAGGUGUGCGCCAGAGAUUGAGAAACUGUUUGAAUCAGUUUCAAGGUCAUGCGGUGGACCUAAGCCUGUAGAUGAGUCUAUUGUGUCUGGUGUGAUCGCUGACAACAUGCACUAAGGUUUUGGAAAUCCGGGUUAAGACUGUUAAUCAAUUGUAGUGUAUAUAUUGAUUUCUUUUUAAUCUUUUGUGGCACCACAUUAUAUUCCGUCAAAACCUCACAUCCACUUUGUAUAAAGUGUUACAUUUGUAAUAUUUUUUUCUUUCCAGAUUAUUAUAUUCUUCGGCCUAAAGAAAUUUGGGCACUGGACGA